UCAAGUAAAGGGAAGCAAAGCGACCGAUAGUUUUAAGAAGAAACAUAAACGCCUAGGACAUUAUAAACCUAACCAGAAUGGAAAUGCACUCCAACAAUAUCAGGUCGUACAGAUGGCAAAACGACAACAAAUUCAAUGAAGCUAUGUGACUGGAGAAAAAAAAGUAACAUUCCUCAAGGAUAAGUUUACACGGACUAUGGCAGAUAAAGAGGGUGAGGCAUUGGGAAAGGCAGCAAAGAAUGGUGAUGUGGACAUCGUGAAAAUGUUGCUAGAGAAGGGCGCUGACCCUAAUAAGGGGGGUGCUCUGAUGUACGCAGCAGAAGAAGGGCAUAAACAUAUCGUGACACUACUCAUUGAUAAAGGAGCAGAUAUCAAAAAGUGGGAUGUUUUGGCCUAUGCAGCAAGAAAUGGUCAUAAAGACGUAGUGUCACUACUUCUUGAUAAAGGAUCAGAUGUUACAGGGUCGGAUGCGUUGGGCACAGCCGCACUGUAUGGCUAUAUAGACAUUGUUUCGAUGCUCCUAGAUAGAGCAUUAGAUGCUGAUAAGUCUAAUGCGUUGCGAGAAGCUGCAAGAUAUGGCCACGAAGACAUUGUUGCUCUGCUUCUAGAAAGAGGCGCCGAUCCAGAUAAGGAUGAUGCUCUGACAGAAGCUGCAAGCGUACCUAACAAAAACAUAAUGACACUACUUCUUGAUAAAGGAGCAGAUAUUAAAAAGUCCAGGGCGUUACGAGAAGCUGCAAUACACGGUGACGAGGACAUUGUUACUAUGCUUCUAGAAAGAGGAGCAAAUUCCGAUAAGGGGGAUCCUCUAGCGGCAGCAGCAAGCAGAUGUAACAAAAACAUGGUGACGCUACUCCUUGAUAACGGGGCCGAUAUUAAAAAGUCAAAUGCGUUACGAGAAGCUGCGAGAUAUGGUCAUGAAGACGUUGUUACUAUGCUUGUAGAAAGAAGGGCCGAUCCCGAUAAGUUGAUGAUCGGAGAUGUACUGCCAAAUUAUAAGAAAGGUGUUACUAAGAUCAUCGAAAAAAAACAAGAACAAGUACGACAGCAGCAGCAGGAAUAUACUGCGGGAAUAAAGACGAAUGUUGAAAACCCCUGCAACAUUACAAUCACUGUCGUCGGACAUAAAGGAGUUGGGAAGUCUUGUUUCGUGAAACAAAUCAAGCAAGAAAGUAUACCGAAAGGAGGGCCUAACUCAACGGAUACUGCUGAUUUUUACGUGAACUAUAUGGGCUACAACCCCAAGACAGGCUUCCGAAAAAGAAUUGACGACAAUGGUGAAAUAGAGACUGGGCGUCAUCGAUUGAAACGGAUCAUCGAUCGAUACCGAAAAGGGGGAAAGACAGACACAAGAGACUAUAAAAGUACGCAAGGGCGUCAUACCGGAGAAAUGAAAGAACUAUCACCUAUGGUCUCAUCCCCUUCAUCUCUGCCGUUACCUGCGCCGUCAGAAGCAAAAAAGGCAAAAAAGACAGAUGCAUCCUCGGAACAAAGAAAUGUUAUUGCUGAGACAAAGCCCAUCGCAGCACUGUUGUCUCCGGAACAAAGAAACGUUAUAGAUGAUGUAAUGCACACCAAAACAGACGGAGUUGAGGAGCUGAAGGGUUUUGUCACUCUAUAUGAUUUCGGAGGCGAAAAAGUGUUCUAUAACACGCAUCAUUGUUUCAUGUCCAGUAAUAUGGUUUUCGUCCUGGUGGUCGACGUGGAAAUGUGUCUAGAUCAAAGCAGAUCCGAAGUGGGUUACGAAAUAGCCGGAGAUUGGCUGAGGAACAUUGCUACCUAUGCAAAUGACGACGCAGCACAUGACAAAUUAACGCCACCAAUAAUCCUGGUCGGCUCACACCUAGACAAGGUCUCGUCCGAUAAAGAAGAACAGGAAAAAUUGUUUGCAAAUGUACUGGAAAAGCUUCGCGAGGUUCCGCAACUAAAACAAAUUAUAGAUAGCCAUGUCCAAGAAGCGUUUCCCAUUGCAAACUUGAACGAUUCCACGAAAAACCAAGAGGUGUACGAAAUCAUUUGGAAAAAAAUUCUGGAGGUCGCCCCCCUACAGUCGCAAUGGGAGAAGCCUGUCCCUGCAAAGUGGGUAGCAUUAGAGCACGAACUGGUGAGGCUGAAAAAUAGAGGCGGCAUCAUCCUGUCAUACGAGGAGUUGCUAAAUCUCAACCGACAACUAACAGUUCCAUUGGAAGAACAAGAAAUGGUGGAUUUUCUCAGAAAUCUGAAAUUCACCGGGACAUUCCAUUGUUUCGAUCUUCACGGCAAAAACCCAUUUAUAGUUCUCCAACCACAAUGGACAAUAGAUGCAUUUAAAGCCAUCAUCACAGACUCUAAUUUUAAAUCUAACUUAACCAGCAUGGCGAGAUUGAAGUGGGCACAGUAUGAAAAGUCCGGUGUUCUUCCGAUGGCAUUCGUCAAACAGCUUUGGGAGGAAAACAGAUUCGCUGAUUAUAUUGGAAAACUCUUCAUCGUAAUGGAAACCCUGAAUCUUCUAGCAAAACCAAUUUCAGAUGAUCCAGAUGUCGAAGCUGAUUACUUCAUAGUGCCAUGCAUGCUUCAAACAGCGAAUCCCCAUAUGAUUCAGCAAUUACUUGAUGAUCCUGAUACUGUCACCACUGUCACUCUUUGUCUCAAGUUCAACAACCCAUUUAUCCCACAGGCCGUGUGGGACAAGAUGAUUGCCUCAUUCAUCCACAGGUUCAAACGACUACAUGAAUACGGCUAUGAUGGCUCACAGUUCAUCCAGCGUGGCUUUGUUUGCCUGAGUGUGGAUUUUUUGUGGAACAUAGUCAUCAACUGUAGGGACAAUGCAAUGAAGAUCAUAAUGUUCAAGAAAGAUAAGGAGAAAUCAACAAGGGGGGCUGGAGUAGACUUACUCUGCAUUCUGGAAUUUCUUCUGCAGCGCAUUCUUGAACAGAAUCAUCAAAGCCAUCUGAAAUACGAAUUCUACCUCCACAAUGACUACCGUUUCGCAUCAAAUGACAAAAUGGCAAUGGUAGACAAACUCCGACAUGUCCAAGGCAUGGAGUGCUUCAGCUCAAAGAGUUGUAAAUGGAUAAAAAGGGAGUAUAUGUACGACUGGUUCGAAGAUCCAGAUCAAGGGCAGAAAAUGACCUGCAACGAGCUACACAAUGAGGGGACUGCUGAUUUACCGGAUAGAAAACUGACUUACAAAGAGAUCGGUAGAAUCUCCGGAUACAUUGGCAUGGCGUACCAGGUGUUCUUCGUCACACUAGGUUGUCCUGCUGUGGUAUUGGAGCAGGAGAGGGAAGAACACCGUCACCUUGCAUUCAGAUCACUGAUCACAAAAAUCUUCCUUCAAUUGCUCAAAAUGAAGGCGGAUAUCAGGUUCGUGCCUAUAGCCAAGGCAAUGACACGACAUGGGAUGGAUGCUACAAAGCUCUCAAAUAUCAUUGACUGUAACAGGAAGAUUGUGUUUGAAGACGGGAGGUUAACAAAGAGCAGGUUACAGGAAAACGUAUUGGUAGACGAUGCUUCAGUCAUUGCUGAAUAUAUUGAUAUUAAAGCAUAUUUCAACCUGUUCUUGGAGCUUGGACUCCAGCCAAAAACAGUGGAUGAGUUUGACGACCAGUACAGACACAAGCCAGCUCGUGGCAAGAUCAAAGCCAUGUUGAAAGACUUCAUUACUGAGACCAAACCCCGGCCUACUGUGAAUGCAAUUUUUCUUGCGAUGCAGGAAUGCAGCAUGGACACUGACUCCUUAAUCACAGCCAUGGAAAACAAAUAGAAAAACAACGAUAUUAUGUGGACAAGUGAGAUGCCGUAUCGGUAAUGGUAGACUGGAAAGACGAAGUCCAAUAUCAAAACACAUUUAAGUAAACUCUUUAAGUGUAAGGAGUUUUGUGUGUUAUUAGACAAUGGGUGGUAGUUAUAUAUCGUGCAAGCAAAUGCGGAUUCGUGAUCAGUGAUUUAUAAAACUACACGAAUAAACACAAAACAUAUUGCUGACUUAUGUAAAUCGCUAUAUAGUGGUUUGCGCAAGGCAUAUUUUAGAGUGGAUCUUUACCAAUGUGUUAAAACAUCUCGCAGCUUGCAGUGAUAUCCGUAGGAAGGAUAUUGUGAACUGUCAUAUAUAUAUACAUGUGAUGUAACAUUGAUGCAAAAGGAUACAACCGUGUGAAAACAUAAGUCAGAGACUUGUGUUCGUUUUCAGAUUUCAUAUCUUUCUUUUAUUAUCAGUUUCAUGACUCAACAACAUGCAGAUUGACUGAAAUAUUUUGUUCUAUAUUGGAAAAACUAAAUCGUACCUUGCCGUUAUCAAACUAUUCCUGUAAUAUAGAUAUCAAUUGUGAAGCCAGUUCCAAUGAAAAUACCAUUUGUCGAAGAACGGGUGAAUUACUGGAUUGUCAACAUAGUUAUUCUUGGACCCUAGUUUUACCAUACAUGCAUCUGAAGUACGCUAGUGAUGCUAGACGUAUUUGACUAUAUGGCUGAAUGUCAGACAUUGUAGAAAACAACUUGAUGAAACUGCUAUGCUAUGGCUGAAUGUCAGACAUUGUAGAAACAACUAAAUGAAACUGAUAUGCUCCUUUUCUCCAAAUACGGUAGUCUUUUGUCACAAUUUAUUCCCUACUGAUCUGUAUCAAAAUCAGUCAAAUGUUUGAACUAAUCAAAGGUCGGAAGCGUUCUGUGAAAGGUACUUGGAUGAUUUGACAAAGUAUCAUAUCCGUGAUUAUGGUGACAUUUGCCAUGUCUAUAUUGAUAUUACGUACAUUGUACAGUGUAUGUUAAAUUGUCUAGAAAAUGUGUACAUAUAGUCUAAGAUACCAUUUACGUCGCAUUGAAUAGCUUACGAUAUGAAUUAUAACCUACGUGGUUUCAUAGUCAAAACACUCGUUAAUCUUGAGAUAUUUUAUAUGCGUUGCUUACAAAUCCCAUAUUCUGUUUUCUAAACGAUGUUCUUUUGCAGUGUAAUUCGUCAUUGUACUAUGUUGUAAUACUCACUUAAACACGUAAGUGAUUACGUUUACAGUAAUGGGUGUUCGUGUAACGUUCUGAUGACAUAUGCUCCUAGAUCGCUUACAAACUGUCGCCAUUCAAUUAGAACCGUCAUAUAAGAAAUACGAUUCGUUAUGAUAAAUUUAUCGCAACCUUUUCGAGUCUUGAAAACUUCUUGACACCAUUUUUUACAAAACGUUUUUAGAAUGAGCACAGCAAAUCGAAAUUUAUUUGAAUUAUAUUUCCAAAAACUGCUUAACCGCGUAUCUAUAACGUUGUUUCGUUUUAUGAGUGUCAAUAACCUGAUGUCUCUGAGGUAUAACCAUUUGUCUUAUUCUCAAUGCAUAUAAUUCGAUGAUUCGAGAAUUUUAAUCAAUGACUGAAUUAUACAAUGCACAUUUGUACCUUGAACAGUAGCAUUCGUGAACGAAUGUACUUCAAAUGUAAGAUUUAAGGGAAAUAGUGCCUUUUUGUAUAAUGUAUAAAGGUUGUAUAUACGGAUAAUAUAUCCGGGGUGAUUUCUGAACCAUUUUAUUGCAUAUUUGCAAGCGAAAUAUAGACAUUUAUCAAACUGAUAAAACUUAUAUAGAGAUAAGAUUUUGCAGGUAUUCGCUUUUUAUCAAUCAGAGCAAACCUUUGUAUUCACCUUAUUGGUUUUUCAAAUCGAUGCAAAGAGAGACAAGUGGGUUGUUUUGGUGUAUUUCUGAAAUAUUCAGACGAGUUUUUGAAAAAGUACUCACUUAGCAUAGAUUCUCCAAACAAUUAAAUUGCGCUGAUCACUGUUUUAAAAAUCGCGCUGUUAAGUUGACGUUGAGUAACGUCACAAAGAGACGACGUUAUGAAUUAUGUGACUGAUUCCCACACUUUUUGACACUCUUAAUUUUUGAUGUUUUUAACUUUUCUUUUCUUUUUUAAGCAUAAAGUGUGAAUAAAUGGUUUCCCGUGGAAUAUAACAUAUUUCACUCUAAUGACAGAAUACAAAUGUAUUUCAAUAUUUUUCUGGAGUGCGAUAUUCUGUCAUACUCGUGAAAUAUAUAAAUAAAUAUUCAACGGGAAACUAUUCAAUAUCCUACAUAUCAUGUCUUAAUAUUCUAUGUUUUAUUAUAAAAGUUACAAUACAAAAUAUCAGAUUUGUGAUAUUCUCGAGUUGUAAAUACAUGUUUGGUCAAUCACAAAUAUUGUUAGUAAUAUUAACUUUCUUGUAUUUAUUUGAAGCUGUGCUUCUUAUACAAGUGGAUAAAAAUCUAAAUCUCUGUGUGUUUUUGUUAAUGGACAUACAGCGUUAAUGCUAAUGAUAACAGUAACGGAGAUAAUGCUACAUAAUAGCAUAUAAUGCGACACAUACUUAUACCUGUAUCAGCCAUCUUAAUGAGGUUCCACAUGCUCUCAGCUUUCAAUUAAGCUUCACACACAUUCUCUGUAAGUACAAUAAUAUGUCUGUUGACAAAGCAACCGGUGUAGAUGGCGUAUAUGUAAAGAUUCCAAUAGAAUGGAAAUGGUGGGAAAAGAUAAAUAUUUAAAUCAGGUGAGACAGGUGUUAUCAGGAUUAAGUAAAAUAUUAGAUUGCUUAAACAUUACUUAUUUUUCAUUUUUUUAUAUACCUUUAUUUUUUAUUUAUUUAUUUAUUUAUUUAUUAAUUUUCAUUAAUUUUUUUCUGUCUUGUUUUUUUUCAACAUAUGUAAUUGUUAGAUAUGUUAAGCUAUAAUCAGUUUGAUUUCCAUCCUCAUCACUCAACAAAAACCGCACUGUUUAGUGUUUUAGAGAGAUGGUUCAAAAAUAUAGAUCAAGUUUACCUUACUGGUGUACUUUUUAUUGACCUGAAUAAAGCAUUCAAAUUUGAUUAUGGCAUUCUCAUGUUGAUAAACAAGGAUUUGCCUCUUGUUAGCUUGUGAAUUGUCAUUGUACUUCAGCUAUGUACAAUAUGACUGGAAACAUAUAUGUGAAUACAUUUGUCCUGGCAGA